ACCAAGCGGCAGUCGACAAACGCAGCGUGCUACAAAAGCCAUUGCGAGCGUCUACGCGGCGCUCGAAAAACACAGGAAAAUUACAAAAAAUUCGAAACACAGCCAACACGGAGCGAAAAUCGAGAAAAGUCCCAGUAUACCAUAUACGGAAUUCGACCAGACAGUUCAGAAAAACUAAUCGACAUAUUUUUUUUUGGAGAAUUUCCAUUUUGCGUUCGUAUUUUUUGCAGUGAGUGUGUGUGCGCGGUUUUUUUUUAAAAUUAAAACCCAUUUUUCGAAAAUAUAAUUAUUUGAGUCACUGUUGGCUGCAUUCAAGAACCCGUUCCAUGCAAAUUUUACGGCCACCUGGCAGCUGAUUCGAAAAAUAAUACAAAAAACCCGAAGAAGAAGAAGCAGCCCCAAAACAACAACACACACACGCGUACAGGCCAUGCUGUGACAAAAAUAAGACGAAGAAUAACGAAACAGAAAGCCAGAGGAAGAGCCUGAGAAGACAACGGAAUUUUGCUUGAUAUGCAUCGAAAGUUGAAGGCCAAGAGAAUUCGAAACAAGACAAGAACCGGCAAGAGAAAGCUAAGAACGCGCCUAGUUUGAAGCCCAAUUUUCAUUUCGGGAGGACCAACAACACUGCCCGGAGGUGAAGCUCCUUAAAAAGAGAUAUUGAUCCUUAGUCCGAUUUGCCCACCGAGACCCAAACUGUGCCAAGAUGUACAAGUUGCUGGGUAGCCUGAAGAGCUACCUCAAGUGGCAGGACAUCCAGACGGACAACGCCGUCUUCCGGCUGCACAACUCCUUUACCACGGUGCUGCUGCUCACCUGCAGCCUGAUCAUCACCGCCACCCAGUACGUGGGCCAGCCGAUCAGCUGCAUCGUCAAUGGGGUUCCGCCGCACGUGGUCAACACGUUCUGCUGGAUCCACAGCACCUUCACCAUGCCGGACGCCUUCCGCAGACAGGUUGGCCGUGAGGUUGCUCAUCCCGGUGUUGCCAACGAUUUUGGUGACGAGGAUGCCAAAAAGUACUACACAUACUACCAGUGGGUGUGCUUUGUACUCUUCUUCCAGGCCAUGGCCUGCUAUACGCCCAAGUUCCUAUGGAACAAAUUCGAGGGCGGCCUGAUGCGCAUGAUUGUGAUGGGCCUAAACAUCACGAUUUGCACUCGCGAGGAGAAGGAGGCGAAACGCGAUGCCCUGCUGGACUAUCUGAUCAAGCACGUGAAGCGCCACAAGCUGUACGCCAUUCGGUACUGGGCCUGCGAAGUUCUCUGCUGCAUAAACAUCAUCGUUCAGAUGUAUCUGAUGAAUCGCUUCUUCGACGGCGAGUUCUUCUCGUACGGCACCAAUAUCAUGAAACUCUCGGACGUUCCGCAGGAGCAAAGGAUGGAUCCCAUGGUCUAUGUGUUCCCAAGGGUCACCAAGUGCACCUUCCACAAGUACGGUGCCUCCGGUUCGCUCCAGAAGCACGACUCCCUCUGCAUCCUGCCGCUGAACAUUGUGAACGAGAAGACCUACGUGUUCAUUUGGUUCUGGUUCUGGAUUCUGCUUGUCCUGCUCAUCGGACUGAUAGUGUUCCGUGGCUGCAUUAUCUUCAUGCCGAAAUUCCGGCCACGCCUUUUGAACGCCCGCAACCGCAUGAUUCCAAUGGAGAUCUGUCGCUCGCUCUCCCGAAAACUGGACAUCGGGGACUGGUGGCUCAUCUAUAUGCUGGGCCGCAAUCUCGAUCCGGUCAUCUACAAGGACGUGAUGAGCGAGUUUGCCAAGCAGGUGGAGCCCUCCAAGCACGAUCGUGCCAAGUAGACCAGAUACACAGAUGAAAUAUAAGAUGAUGCCCCGAUAUGCCCUACGAUAUAUCAAUACCCUGCCUGAAAAUCCCCCAUCAUUUUGUCCGAAAACCCUAAAUUCCAAAUUCUGUUUUGGAUUAUUAUUAUUUUUAUUUAGCACAAAUCAUACUACUUAGUUGAAACUAAAGACCAGGACAGAGCCACGCCCCCGAAGCCCCAUUGGUAGUUCUGUGAUUAAGCCCUGACCUUCAAACCCCUCCCCAAAGGCCCCAUCUUCCCCUUUCCCCUACCCUAAGCCCUAAGCUAUUAUAAACAUGAAUUAAUCAAUGAUCACAACUCGAAUCGCUUGGCAGAAAAGACAAUCCUUUUAUUUUAUUUUUAUUUUUUGAUUUUCAUCAAUUAUAACAAGACAUAAAAAAGAUGAGA